CAUAUAAACACUCCAAACGGUAAACUAAUUGGUAGAAGUAUCUCCCCAACCCACAAUAUUAAGUCCGCCAGCGUAAUAGGAGCUAAUAAUAAUGGUUGUAAAUGGUUCACAAUGUCAACUAGGAAAUUGUGAGUGCAAGAACUUAAGUCCAACUCUCCAAUAGUAUUUAACACAUCAUGCACAAAAAAUAGUGUCACCCAAGUUCUACAUGCACAAGAGAAGAGUAUACCACUGUUUUGUGACCCAUUAUCUUAUUUCCAAAAAGAAAUUAUUCACUGAAUUUUUGUUUCUCUUUGAGAACACCGUCAUCAAUUCAUCCUCACUCACCACUUCUAGAUCAGCGGAAUUAUAAGUAUCAAAAAAAGAAAAGAACAAAAAAAAAAAAAGAGAUAUAAAGAGAAUAUAAAGGGAAUUACUCAAAAAAAACACACCAGUUGAAAUCUGUGAUCCCCGGAAUUCAUCCAAGUUUCAGAAUUCAGAAAACCCUAGAUUCAUCCCCCAAUUUUGGAAUAUAAAGAGAAUUUUUAUCGUGACUCAGUUUCUGUUUCAGUAUAAUCCUCUUCAUAUUCUGGGUCAUUGAAUACGCCGAAAGAGAAAUCACUGUAUUUGAUUUUUACUUCACAUUCCUGAGUUGAAAGUGAUAGUGCGAUUGAAGAAUCUUAUAGGGAGAGGAAUGAGAGAGAUAUAUGUAUAUGAGGGUUUUGUUGAGAUAUAAUGCCUGGAGGUGGUGGAGGUUCAUCGGGUAUUGGUAUUCGUUCUGGAAGUUAUGGUUCUCUGGAUAAACAGCAGCUACAAAACGGGGUGUCGUCUAAUCAAACAGCACGCAAAGCUUCUAAGAUGCUCAAGGAGAAAGAGAAGGAACAAUUGUUCCUUUGGAUCUUUAAAUUUGCUGGACGCAAGAAAGUUGGGAUGCUCUUCCUCUGUCUCAUCUCUGCUGUCGUUUUCGUCUGGGUUUUGUAUGUUGGAAAAGGUGAGGAUUCUCGGGAAGGAAACGCGGUGCAGACUAUUAGUGUCAACGAAAGUGUGUCUAUGAGUGAUUCUUCGUCUGAAAUAUCUACUGCAAAUUUUGCAUUACUUCCUCCUCCACCUAGCUACUUUUUGGGCUACCAUCUUCCUACAGGCCAUCCGUGUAAUAGUUUCACAUUACCUCCCCCACCGGCUGAUAAAAAGCGAACCGGACCACGUCCAUGCCCAGUAUGUUACCUUCCUGUGGAAGAAGCCAUUGCACGGAUGCCAACAUUGCCCUCACUUUCUCCGGUUCUUCAGAAUUUAACAUAUGUCUAUGAAGAAAAUUUAAGUAGAGGGGAUGAAUUUGGUGGUUCAGAGUUUGGUGGAUAUCCUACUUUGAAGCAGAGAAAUGAGUCUUUUGAUGUACACGAGUCAAUGAGCGUGCACUGUGGAUUCGUAAGAGGAACCAAACCUGGCCGCAACACAGGGUUUGACAUUGAUGAAGACGACCUUCUUGAAAUGGAUCAGUGUAAUGGAGUGGUUGUUGCAUCAGCAGUAUUUGGAAAUUUUGAUGAGAUAAAUGAGCCAAAGAAUAUAAGUGACUAUUCGAGGAAAACUGUAUGCUUCUUUAUGUUUGUUGACGAAGAAACGGAACAAUAUCUGAGGAGUUCUGGUAGGCUGGGAAUCAGCAAGAAGAUUGGUUUGUGGAGAAUUAUAGUUGCUCGCAAUCUUCCUUAUGCAGAUGCUAGACGGACAGGAAAGAUUCCAAAGCUUCUGUUGCAUAGAAUGGUUCCCAAUGCUUGCUACUCUAUAUGGCUUGAUGGAAAGCUUGAGCUUGUUGUCGAUCCAUAUCAAAUUCUUGAAAGGUUUCUGUGGAGGAAGAAUGCAACUUUUGCUAUAUCAAAGCAUUAUAGACGCUUUGAUGUAUUCGUUGAGGCCGAAGCCAAUAAAGCUGCUGGAAAGUACGAGAAUGCCUCUAUUGACUUCCAAAUUGAGUUUUACAAGAAGGAGGGGUUGACCCCAUAUACAGAGGCAAAGCUUCCUCUUAUAAGUGAUGUUCCUGAAGGAUGUGUAAUAGUUCGAGAGCAUGUUCCUAUUAGCAAUCUCUUUACUUGUCUUUGGUUCAAUGAAGUUGAUCGAUUUACUUCAAGGGACCAGCUUAGUUUUUCAACUGUCAGGGACAAAAUUUUGUCACGGGUAGAUUUUCAUUUCAACAUGUUCUUGGAUUGUGAAAGACGCAAUUUUGUAAUUCAGAAAUAUCACAGGGAUUUACUGCUGCAUCUGGCUCCACCGUUGGCUACUGCUCAAAUACCUCCACCAUCUCCCCCACCUGCAUUGCCUAUGCUUGAAAGGUCGCCUGAAAAGGUUGUAACCCCUCCCAUUCCUAAAGGCCCUGGAAGGCGCAGAAGAGAUAAAAACUCUGGUUCCAAGCGCCACCGCAAAGUUGUUGCUGGAAGUAGAGACGACAAAGCAAGUUAAGAAGUUUUGAUUGUGUGAUUAUAUUUUUUUUCCAAAGAUAUAUAUAAGAUUCCACAUACAAAAGUCAUUCAUUGCAGAGCUGGAGGGAAAAUGUGCAAGAGGAGUAUUGUAUUGUUUUCACAUGGACGCUCUCAUUCUUUUUAUUUUGUGCAAUUGUCCAUUUUUGUCAAUUUUUUGGUGUAUAUAGGGUAAGAUUUUCAACAAUUAUUAUAAUAUGGGUUGCCAUUAAAUUCCUCACGAGGUAACCCAUUUCCCAAUUCCCCUAUUAUGAUAGUGAUGAUAAAGAAAAUGUAUUUCCUCUCAAUUACACUCCACGAAAGAUAUGUUCAUGAUCUCUUGUUCCUUAUUAAUAAAGAAACCAAGUUAUCUACAAUUCCUUGUCAA